AUGAACUCUGCUCGGAUGAAUAUACCUCAUACGUUAAUAGGCAAACCAUUAAUCAAUGCUAAUAACUCAAUUGUUGUAAUACAAAAUGGUACGUCAUCAGCAAUCGAUGCUGAUAUUUUUCAUAUCGAAAAACAUCUCAAUGAUUCAUCUGUACCACGUUUGAAUUACAUUGAUGCGAACAUGGAUGAUAUUAUGGAUGUUGUUAAUCGUGUACUAUCACCUAUGCAGCCACCAUAUAUUUCUACUAUAAAACAAAGUCUUUUAUCACCAUUUUUCUCUGUCUAUAUUCCAGCGCCAGCCAAUGAAUAUAUUAUGCAGAUAAAAUAA